UUUCAGCCCAUUACAAUCGUCUCUUCACUCAUGUUUGUUUAUAAUGAUCGAAACCCUAAAAUUUAUGCAGAGAAAGUCCAGAGAUAGUGAGACAAAAUGAGUUUCGAUUGCUUGUUGAAGGUGGCUCCGAUUCUGCUUCUGCUGGUCCUUUUCACAUUUGCGUCUGCCAAGAAGUCUGCUGAUGUGACUGAGCUUCAGAUCGGCGUCAAGCAUAAGCCCAAAUCAUGCGACAUUCAAGCUCAUAAAGGUGAUAGAAUCAAAGUGCACUAUAGGGGAAAACUCACCGAUGGAACUGUUUUCGAUUCCAGUUUUGAAAGGGGUGAUCCCAUUGAGUUUGAGCUUGGUAGCGGUCAAGUAAUCAAAGGAUGGGACCAAGGGCUACUUGGGAUGUGUGUCGGUGAGAAGCGCAAGUUAAAAAUACCUGCAAAGCUUGGUUAUGGUGCACAGGGUUCGCCACCCACCAUCCCAGGUGGAGCAACACUAAUAUUUGAUACUGAGCUUGUUGCAGUCAAUGGGAAGCCAUCAAGUGGAGGGGAUACAAGCGAAGAUGAGCUAUAGUCGGUCACUAGUCAGAGAAUCAGCUGCUUUUUUUUUUUUUUUAUACGUUUGUUUUCCUUUUACAAAAGGCGAUGGCAACCUCACAGGGCUUGUGGCUGGGAUUUAGAAAAAUAUAUUCUGGUAGCUUUUUUUAAAGCAAAAUUUAUGAGAUGCUAGAAGAUAGCCAUCUCCAGUUAAUCCAAAAUUAUAUUUAAGUGACAUUUU